GUUUUCAUGGUUCAAUCACCAAAUCAGUGGUUCGAUGCCUUGCAUAUCUUGAAUUUUUCCAGGAAGUUGUGUUUUAAAAAUGCCGACAGUUCAAGUAGGACGAGAUGAGCUGUUCAAAUUGCUUGGGAAAGAAUAUUCGGAUGAAGAAUUUGAUGAACUUUGCUUUGAUUUUGGAAUUGAACUAGAUGAAGUGACAUCAGAAAAAGUUAUGAUUUCAAAAGAGCAGGGAGAAAACAAGGCAGAAAGUGCUUCAGACAAAGUCAUCUAUAAAAUUGAUGUUCCCGCUAAUCGAUAUGAUUUGCUAUGCAUAGAGGGUUUGGCUAGAAGUCUUCUGGUUUUCUUGGAAAAGAUCAAAGCACCUAGGUAUCAUCUUUCAUCUCCUGAUUAUCCUUUGCAAAGAAUUGCGAUAGCAAAAAAUACUUCACUGGUUCGACCAUAUUGCAUUGGGGCAGUUUUGCGGGAUGUGACUUUAACACAAGAGAGUUACAACAGCUUCAUUGACCUACAAGACAAGCUGCAUCAGAACAUUUGUCGGAAGCGAACAUUGGUAGCUAUAGGUACUCAUGACCUUGACACCGUCAAAGGACCUUUUCUGUAUGAUGCAAGAACACCACAAGACAUAAAAUUUGUGCCAUUGAAUAAGCAUAAAGAAUAUACAGCUGUCGAGAUGAUGGAUCUUUAUCAGACUGAUAACAAACUGAAACAUUAUCUUCACAUUAUAAAAGAUAAACCAUUCUAUCCCAUUAUUUAUGACAGCAAUAAUGUCGUACUUUCGAUGCCACCAAUUAUAAAUGGAAAUCAUUCAAAGAUUACGUUGGAAACCAAGAAUAUUUUUAUCGAUUGUACUGCUACAGACUUGCGAAAGGCCGAAAUUGUCGUGGAUAUUUUAGUUACAAUGUUCAGUUUGUACUGCAAGCAAAAAUUUGUUGUGGAACCAGUUGAGGUUGUUCAAGUCGAUGGUACAAUUACGAAAUAUCCCAAAUUGAAUUACAGAAAAGAGGUUAUUUCGGUGGAAAAAACGAAUAUUAAAGUGGGAAUUAAGGAAAAUGCUGAAGCCAUCGCUGAUCUUUUGACAAGAAUGUGCUUGAACAGCGAGGUGAAAAAUGACGGAGAGAAUAUUGAAGUGGAAAUACCGCCAACGAGAGCUGAUGUAAUUCAUGCGUGUGAUAUCAUGGAAGAUGUGGCUAUUGCAUAUGGCUACAAUAAUAUUGAGGAAACUAUACCGAAAUCCAUGACAAUUGCACAUCAAUUUCCUUUAAAUAAGUUGUGUGAUUUGAUCAAAGCUGAAAUUGUCCAAGCUGGUUAUACAGAAGCAUUGACGUUUGCAUUAUGCUCACGCGAAGAUAUUUCAGACAAAUUGAACAAAGGAUUUGAACUAACAAAAGCAGUCGAGAUAGCAAACCCCAAAACUCUUGAAUUUCAGGUCGUACGGACUACUUUGUUGCCUGGCCUACUGAAGACAGUUGGAGCAAACAGGAAGAUGCCGUUGCCUUUAAAACUAUUUGAAAUCUCAGACAUCGUGUUACAAGAUGAAAAAAAAGAUGUUGGUGCCAGGAAUCAUCGACGCAUCUGUGUGAUAAAUUACAACAAGACUCCCGGUUUUGAGAUUGUUCAUGGUCUACUAGACAGAAUUAUGCAGUUGUUAGAAAUCAAACCAGCUAAAAACAAGUCAAAUAAUGACAAUGGCUAUUUCAUAAAGGCUUGCGAAGAUCCCACCUUCUUUCCUGGUCGUUGUGCUGAGGUCAUAUACUGUGGCAGCUCGAUUGGCAUCAUGGGAGUCGUGCAUCCUACAGUUCUUAGCAAUUUUGAAUUGAAUAAUCCAUGCACCGCAUUGGAGAUAAACUUAGAGCAAUUUCUGUAAUGUCUACAAUUUGGUUAUCAAUUUACAUAUUGAUAAUUAAUUAUUAUGCCACUGACUUGUAUGUCAAUUAUCAAUUAUCAAUUAAUGACUAAUUUUCAAUUAUUUAUUUCAUACUAA